GCCCGCGCCGCCCCUCCAUAAAAAUCCGCCGAUUCUUCUCCCUCCGCGAUCCAUCUCCUGCGCACCACAUUCGCCAUGGCCGAUCCCGCCGCCCUCUCCUCCUCCCUGCCCCGCUCGCUGGCGUCCAGGAGGCCCCUCUCCUCCCCGCUCCACGGCGGCCGGCCCCGAUCCCCGCGCCGCUGCCGCUUCGGGUCGCGCCUGCGGGCACGGGCGAGGAAGGGCGACCCCGAGGACAUCUACGGGCCCUACCCCUGGGAGCAGCCCUUGGAUCUCACCACUGGCUUCGAUAUUGAGUGGGUGCAAGAAGAGAAGAUCACCCUCUUCACCUCUGACGGGCUUGUUCAGAUUGGCGGUUCCAUGGUACCUCGUCGAGUCACUGCUUCCGAGAGGCAACAAAAAGCAAAAGGCAUGCAUAAAGUCCGCCGGUUUCAGGAGAGCUCUUACAUGGAUCCAAAUCAAAGUCUCUGCCUUGGAGCACUAUUUAACAUAGCAGCGACAAAUGGCUUAGACAUGGGUAGAAGAUUAUGUAUCUUUGGCUUCUGUCGGUCUAUUGAAAUGCUAAGCGAUGUGGUGGAGGAUACAGUAUUGGAGCAUGGUGGCGAGAUUGUCACUGCAGAGAAGGCGAGCAGUGAUGGCCUUCAGGAGAAGCUGACUAUGUCUGUUGCGGUUCCAUUGCUGUGGGGUGUUCCUCCAGCAUCGGAGACCCUCCAUGUCGCAGUGAGGAGCGGUGGAGGUAUUGUGGACAAGAUCUACUGGCAGUGGGACUUAUUCUAGGAAGCCCAGAUCCCAGACAUUAACAAACAAUCCGUCUCACACUGUAUAUAUGAUUCUUCCUCUCUGAUUGGCUGCACAUAUUGCUUCUCUAUACCUGUACAGACCUGAUUUCUCUUGUGCUAUCGUGGCAUCUUGCAUAUAAAUAAAUAAAAAGGUUCCGAGCUCACAGCUCAUGUUCAAUCUA